UGACAAAUGACAUAAUUUUAAUCAUUUGUUUUGUUGACUUGUGAUCAUUGUUGUUAAAUUAUUUUGUUUCGGAAAAAAAAUGAGCCUGGAAGAGGGUACUCUUAUAGAAAUGAUCGAAAAAUUUCCCCACCUUUGGGAUAAAAAAAACCCAUCCUAUAAGGAUAAAAUAGCAAUCGAGAAUUCCUGGAAAACAAUUUCCGAAAUAAUGUCAUUGACUGUUGAAGAAUGCCAAGAUAUGUGGAAGUCAAUCAGACUCAAAUUCAUUAGAGAAAGAAGACUCAUAAAAAAUCGGCCAUCUGGCUCAGGGGCUUACAGCUGCACUUGGACACUAUAUGAAAAAUUGGGAUUUUUACAUGAUGUAGUUACCACAAGAAAAACAAAGGGGAACAUCAAAAAACAUAGUGAAACCCUUUCAACUCCAUCAGAUGUAUGGGAGGACAUCAUUAUGGUAGAUGCAGAUGGAGAAGUUUCUCAAGAGAUCAGUAACUCAGAUAAUGAAAUGAGUCAGGACCCAGACCCACAAUCAGAAACUGAAUUGUCUCAGGAAAUGCCGUCUACGUCAAAAAGAACCCUGAGCAACAUUACGAAUCUACCCAGCUCCAGUAGUAUGAAGGGAAAACAACCAAAAAAGAGAAAGUCUGAUGUUCCACUAGACCAACUAGUGGAAACAUGCUCAUCCGUGGGAAAAAGCAUCACCAAUUUUUUUAAAAGUUCACCUGAUAGUAAUAUUGGAAAAGAUGAUUACCAUUUUGGUUUAUCUGUAGCAGAAUCAAUAUCCAAAAUAAAAGAUGAGAGAAAAAAACUGGGUAUCAAAGCAGAAAUAUUUGUUAUCAUAUCUGAUGCAAUUGCAACUUAACAAUGAGUUUUUC